UUUAGGUUUUUCCUUUCUGCUUCUUUCUUCGGAACUGGAGAAGUCAAAACCCAAUUGCUAUGUUACUGUCUGUAAUUCAAGUUCAACUUUAUUUCCUUUUCCUUCAACUUUUGUUCGAAAUAUAUUUACAAACACCUUAUGAGAAACCAAGACAGAAAAUUCGGAAGCUCAAUCCAGAGACGACGAUGAACAUGAACGUGUUAUCAUCAUCAUCAUCAUCAUCAUCAUCACCAUCUCAUUCUAACUGUGGUCACUGGUACGUUCGUAACGGAACCUGCCUCGCCUGCAAAAAGAAGCCAAGCCUUGCCGAAUCCCGACAAUUCGAUUAUCUUUUCUCCGACUUACGUCUGAGCCAAGAAGCUGUAUCCUUUACAAAGCGUCUCACAACCCUAAUCUCACUUCACACACACAAGAAACUUCACUUAGUCCUUGACUUGGACCACACGCUAGCCCACUCCGUUAGGGUUUCCAAUCUUUCUGAAGCAGAGAAGUACCUAAUCAUCCAAGGUGAGAAACCAGGAUGUUUGAAGCUAUAUGACAGCAGGUUAAUAAAAGUUAGACCGUUUGUCAAAGCAUUCCUUAAAGAAGCCAACAAGCUAUUCAACAUGUAUGUUUACACAAAAGGCGAUCUGCGCUACGGUCAAGAAAUUGUGAAGAUGAUUGAUCCGACCAAAACCUAUUUUGGAGACCGAGUGAUAACCAGAAGAGAGUGUCCUGACAAGAAGACACUUGAUCAUGUCUUGGCUGAUGAGCGUGGAAUCGUGAUUGUGGAUGAUACGGUUGAGGUUUGGCCUCUCCACAUGAGAAACCUGUUGAAGAUCACUAGGUACUUCUACUUCAAACACAAUGGUAUUAGUAUGUCGUACGCUGAGAGGAAGACAGACGAGAGUAGAAGCAAUGGAGCAUUAGCCAACCUUCUGAAGUUCCUCAAGGAAAUUCACAAUGAAUUCUUUAGCUGUGGCGUUCAAGAAGAGUUGGAUUCAAAGGACGUUAGGUUGUUGAUAAAGGGUCCUUUCAAACCACAUGGAUGUUGAUUUCUUCCGUUUCAAAUUUGAUUUAUUUAUCUGUACUUUUUAUCUUAAAAAAAACUU